CUUCCCUCACACCACCUGUACUGUUGUAUCCUAUUUCCUUUCCCCCGCCCAUUGUAUCAGUAUCCUGUGCUGAACCUCCUCCCUCACUGUAUCCCCCACGCAUUCACCCUCGCAUUCUCACCUCUCGGCACCCACCGACAUGAGCCAUCCCCACGGGCUCUACCCAGAGCAGCAAGGUCGCGGCCCCAUACCAGACAACCGCGGGAGGAAGAGCAUCAAGUGCUUAAACUGCCAGGCGCGCCGCGCUAAAUGCUCCUCCGACCGGCCAGCCUGCAUACAGUGCCUCAACCGCGGCGAGGUGUGCUACUACAACGGCGAGGCAGCGGUCGAGACCGACCAACUGCGCAACUUACGCUCGCGAGUCGCCGUCUUAAGCGACAAGGACAAGGCCAAGUACCAGAAGCGCAAGGCCAAAGUCGCCACCGAGGAAAGCGAGGAAGACGGUCCUUCCAUCCGCAAGGUGCGCUCUACGCCUACGCUGGGCCACGAGCGUUCUCACUCUCUGGUACCACCAGUCCCUCCCCUUCCUUACUUCACUCGCUCGAUGAGCAAGUCGCCAAUACCGGUGAUGGAGCCCAUGACCCCUGUCAUGAUGCCCAGCGUGUUCGAGACGCCCCACAACGGUCGCAGCCCCUCCGACUUCCUCCACCCCACUGAGGCGUACGGUUCGGUCCCUCCCACACCCAGCAACUUCGGGGUUUCUACUACCAGCGCCAUCCAGGCGCCCGUUCCGAGACGUGCCUCCACUGCACCACAGGCGUUCAGCUUUGUCAACUACACCGAGGAAGACGCGGACGAGCUGAUGGAGGCCGUGGCACCUUCGGGUGGACGCGGUAGUAGCUCUCCCCAGAAGAACACGCCGCAGACGUCACGGCAGCGCAAGCCGCCGACCCUCGUGAGCUCGGACGACGAGUUCGAGCCUGCGCCGACACCGAAGCCGCGAGCUCGUCAGCAGUCGAUUCCUGCCCGCAAGUCGUCACUCAAGACCGUCAAGAGCAUGGGCAACCUGCCUCGCCCGCCCAGCGCACUGCUCUUACCCAUUGCCACCGACCUUGUGCCGAGGGCCAUGUCUCCCGCUCAGACCCCGGUGUCUGCCAUGGUUGCGUCCACCACCGCGGCCCCAUUUGUCGAGCACGCUUCCCGCACUGUUAGGCGGUACGCCAGUGCCAACUUUUCUCCCUCGCUGUCGACUGUGCCCGACGUGCCAGACCAACUCAUCGACCCCCAGCUUCGGAUCGGCCCGAUGCCAGACUUCCAUCCGACCGCCCAGCCAUACAAGUGGGGCGACGUCCCACACAGCGCCGCGCCAGGCUAUUUCAGCGCGGCACCGCCUCCUGUCGCGUCACAGGCCUACACCUUCACGAGGCCUGGCAGUCCUAGCCUCUACGUCCGCAUCCCCCAGCCGUCAACCGACGUCUCGACCACCAUCCGUCCGGGAGCCGCGGGCGGCAACUCUCCUCAUGGCGGCUUUCCUCCUCUCCCACCUCUCCCAACCGCUACCCUAUGGGCAGGGGCUUUGCCCUCUCCCAACCCUUCUCUCCCCAGCCCCGUCACUCAAACUGUUCGCCUCAGUGACGCUGUCAAGCUGGAUGUGGCCAACGACCCGUAUCUGUUAGUCACCACGCCCGUCCGCUCGCCAUCACCCGCAUUCUCCUCAGGCAGCCGCCAGUCCAACCGCAAGGCGUCUGAUCCACUCCUUGACGAACUCCUCAACUGGCACCCUUCGCCACCGCCCACUGCCGCAAGCGCGAUCAACAGUGCCCCGCCGACCCCGUACCUCUCUGUCCCUGGCAUGAGCGGAUACUUCAUGUGGGUCCCAGAGCCUGGCCAGCCGACUGGGGUCCUGCCUCUCCCUGGGGCGGUGAGCGAGUCUGGCGUUCCGCAGGAUGGCCUGGUGGUGCAAGAGUAA